AGACGUGGGUAUGUUAAUAAGGGUGUGGGUGUGGUUUCGUCGUUGCCGUGGCGACCGCGUCCCUGUGGGCGGGACUCCCCGCCGUUCUCACCUCUGAUUGGUCCACCCAUAUCUCCCGCCGCCCAUCUCGCUUCUGAUUGGCCCGCGCGCCUCGCGCCGGCGCCGUUCUCUCUUCUGAUUGGCCACCGGCUCCGUGAGGGCUCCGCCAUGGCGGCCGAGCUGGAGGCGGCCGUGGGCACCGUGUGCUGGUGGGGGCUGUCCCCGGCCAUCGAUCUCCGCCUGCACCUGCCGCCGGAGCCGGACCCCGCGGCGGAGGCCUCGGUGCUGCUGGUGGGGGCGGCUGAGGGCCGGCACCUGCUGCUGACGGCGGCCCGGGCCCGCCGGGGACCCCCCCGAUCCAUCACCCUCUUCGUGGCCGAGCAGAGCCCCGAGCCCGUGGCCCGCCAGCUCCUGUUCCUGCUGCUGGCUCUGGAAUCGCCGGAGCGGCCCAGACCCGCAGCCCGCGCCGCCGCCAUCCUGGAGCUGCUGGGCUCGGGGACGCUCCGGGCCGGCACGGCCGAGCUGCUCCGCGGGGCCGCGGGGAGGCUCCGCCGCUGGGUCAGCAGCGACCGGCACCGGGAGCCGGACCGGGAACCGGACCGGGAACAGAACCGGGAACAGAACCGGGAACAGAACCGGGACCCAACCGGGCCCGCCGAACUGGGGCUCAUGAAGUGCCGGGACCGGGACGCUCUCGAGGCAGUUCUGCGGCGCUGGGAGCGGGCGGUGCCGGUACCGGGGGCUGAACCGGGAUCGGAACCGGGAUCAGAACCGGGAUCAGGACCAGGAUCGGAACCGGGAGCAGAACCGGGAUCGGUACCGGGAUCAGAACUGGGAGCAGAACCGGGAUCGGAACCGGGAACCGAGCCGGGCCCGCCGGGCUGGGAGCGGCGGCUGCGGCGGCGCCUCGGGGCGCGCUACGACAGCAGGGCGGCGCUGGCGGAUUGGGACCUGCGGAUGGCGCUGCAGCCGCGCGGGGACGGCCGCUCGCUGUCCCCCCCCUCCUACUGGGGGGACGUGGUCACCGGACCCUUCCUCAUCUUCGGCCUGGAGCCGCGCGGGGAUGCCAAGACGGCCACCGAGGUGUCCCUGGGCGCUGUCACCGAGCUGCUGACGGAGCUGCUGCAGGGGGAGACCCCCAGAGACCCCCCCAGAGACCCCCCUGGGGACCGAGACCCCUCCCCAGAGCGGCGGGACCCCCCCAGUGACGAUUCCAACCCGCUGGGCCCGCUGGCUCCUCUCCCGCUCCGGAUUCGGUUCCUGCCCCUGGGGGGACCCCCCGAGACCCCCGCCCGCCUCGGGGGGCUCUGCCGGCUGCUGGUGCUGGGCUGGAGGUCAUUGCCGGCCCUGAGCCCCUCCCUGGGGGCUUUGGCUGCGCCCGGGGCCACCCUGCUGCUGGAGCUGCCCACGUUCGUGCCCACCCUGCGCCCCCCCCAGCUGGAGGCGCUGCGGGCGCGGGCGGCGGCGCUGGCCAGGGGAGGGGGCUUCGAGCCCUGGGGGGGGCCUGGGGAGCCCCCAGGCCACGCCCGGUUCCGCAAGGUGCCCCCCCCGCAGUGAGACCCCAGACCCAAAUCGUCCGUUUUACCCAGAGACCCCAAAAUCACCCCAAAAUUGGCCCC